AUGAACGGCCCAGGUGCUUUUGCAGGUGGUGGUCAGAAAGCUUCCGCGCCGGCGGAUAUAUCAAUCAUUGGAGUGCUCCGGGUUGCCCACACGCUGAGUUACGACCGUGUGACCAACAGUGUGGGACGAUCAGGUUGCCUGAGGCGAGAUGGAGGGAGCAACUCAGAAACAGUUAGUAACAACGAUGUCAGUGGUCUUUGA